AUGACAGUUGAAGAAAUCUAUGCCAAAUUUGUCAACGGAUCUGACGAAAAAUAUGAUCUUGAGGAUAACAAUUUUCUUAUAUCCACAAGUAUGGAUAGAAAUUCUCUAUCAAAGAUGAUAAAUGAGCUUCUAAACUUGGAAAACCAUGUUUCUUUUGACAUUAUAAUUAACAAUAAUCGGCUCCGAACCACAAUUUCAGAGGUUUUGGAAGAACAGAAUAUUCAAUCUGAAACUAUAAUUGAAGUAUUAUAUGUUUUGACUAUAAGUGAGCCAUCUGAGAAUAAUGUUGAUAACCUGAAUGAUUGGAUUUCUGGUCUUUCACAUGACGUUUGUUCAGACAUUUCAGCUGUGUGUUGUUACAAUGGAACAGUUUCAUUAUACAAAUCGGAAACAAUGGAAAAGGUGUUUAAUUUUUCAAAUGAGUCUUCAAAAUCAUCAAUUCACAUUACUACUAAGGCAGAUCCACAAGUUUAUGAGAUUGUUUGUGGUACUUUCAAUGGUCUUGUUGAGGUAUACUAUGUUAAUUCCAGGGUCCAAAGUCCAUUCAAUACACUAGUGGCUUCUAAUAACAAAUUAUCUGAUACUGUAACCUCAGUAACAGUUGAUGAUACUUGUAAAGUUAUAGCAUCUGGAGGAUACGAUAAAAUUAUUACACUAUAUCAAAAUGUGGAAAUGUUAGAUGAGGAAUUAAUGGAUUCAAAGUCUAGAAAACGACCAUUAGAUGAGACGAGUACAUUAUCGCAGCUUGGAUCCCUAGAACAUCACACAAAGACCAUAACAAAAUUGAAAUACUUUCCCGGUAAAAAUGAAAAAUUGCUAUCCUCUUCAAUUGAUGGGAAAUUAUGUGUUUGGGAUAUUGAGAAACGGAGUUUAGUUUCUUCUAAUAACACUGGAAAUCCCAUAACUUGUUUCGAUAUAUCACCAAAUGGAACCAUGGUUUGUACUGGUAAUAAUUUGGGGAGUCUUUCAAUUUGGGACUUGAACUCUGAUAAUACUGAGGUCAAGCUGAAUUCCGGACAGGAAUCUUAUAACUUUACCAAAGUGUCACAAUCAAAGAAUUUUGAGCGCCUAGUCAGUGAUGUUUCAUGGAAUCCAACAAAUAAUCUUAUAUCAUCCAUUUCUCUGGACGGAAGCGUUAUUCUUCUAGACGUCAGAUCACCAAAAUUCCCACUCCAAACAGUUAAAUGUAAGAAUGAAGAGGAAUAUGAUAGAGGGACAUGUACAAAGUGGACUAGUUCAAAGGAUAUCAUAUAUACCACAGCCUCCGGCCUUGUAAAUAAGUUAAGCUAUAAAGAAAUUUAG